AUGUGUGGUCUCUCCGGCUUUGCCGCUCAUCUCCUAUCUCCGGGCACUAUCAACUACUUCGUGCAGGUUGUAUGCGACGUCGCAUCCCACAGGGCAUGUGUAGGAGCAGGAAGCCAUCGAAAUGGCGCUGUCAGGGUUGCCGGUGGCCACUAA